UAUAUUUUCCUAACCUCACAAAAUCUUUAAAAAUACACGUAUAUGUUCACUCCGCUCAUAAUGAAAGUAAAAAGGUAAUUUGCAUGAAAACCUGAGCUGAGCAAAAUGGAUUCACAAGCAGUUCAUGUUAUGACAAUAACAAACAGCAUUAUCGGAGUCAGCUUACUUGCAAUGCCCUACUGUUUCAAGCAAUGUGGCAUACUGCUGUCCGUCUGUAUGUUGGUCCUGAGUAAUGCAAUUGCCAGACUAUGCUGCCACUUGAUGCUGAAGUCCGCCGUUAUAGCACGUAGGAGGACAUUUGAGUUUUUAGCUUUUCACACCUUUGGUUCUUUGGGGAAAUUCACGAUAGAGAUUGGUCUAAUUGGUUUUUUGUUGGGCACUUCGAUCGCCUACUUUGUGGUAAUGGGAGACUUGGGUCCUGCGAUUAUUGCCAAAUUGGCAGAUACGAAGGCUACAGACUUGAUGCGGACUUGCAUAUUGUUCGCCCUCGCCACUUUCUGUGUACUACCAUUAGGAUUAUUACGGAAUAUUGACAGUUUGAGUAGUGUCUGUACUAUUACCGUUGGCUUCUACUUUUGUUUUGUUUUAAAGAUAAUUGCGGAAGCAGUUCCUCACAUUCUAUCAGGGGAUUGGAUUAAUAGAGUCGAGUUGUGGAGACCGUCUGGUAUUUUACAAUGCUUACCAAUCUUCUCAAUGGCACUUUCGUGUCAAACGCAAAUAUUCGAAAUUUAUCAGGCUUUACCUACAGCAUCAUUGGAAAAAAUGAACAACUUAAUCAGAGCGGCAGUUAAUAUUUGUACGGGAGUGUACAUUUUCGUCGGAGUUUUUGGAUACAUUGCCUUUGCCACGCAAACAUUUACAGGAAAUAUUCUGAUGAGCUUUUCUCCAUCCCUCAUUUCAGAAUUAAUUAAAAUUGGUUUCGUGUUGUCAUUGGCGUUUAGCUUUCCUUUGAUUAUUUUUCCGUGCAGAGCCAGUUUGAAUUCAUUAUUAUGCAGACAUUACUCCUACAGUAGUUUACAUGAUGGUAUUGACAAAUACAUUCCCGAAAGUCGUUUUAAAGCACUUACAUGCAUGAUCAUCGCGAUCUCACUUACAGUUGGAAUCCUGAUUCCUAACAUCGAACUUGUAUUAGGACUUUUAGGUUCAACCAUUGGAGUUAUGAUUUGUGUCCUGUUUCCAGCUACAUGUUUCAUUUGUGUUUCAACCAAGAAUACAAACGAGCGUAUACUUGCACAGAUUAUGUUAUUUGUUGGAGUGUUAACGAUGGUAUUGGGUACAUAUGCUAAUCUGUACGCAAUGGAUGAAUUGACAUCUGCAGUUACAGAGAAGACAGUUAUAGAAUUACCUAAAGUCAUUGAGACGCUUGAUAAGAUACCUAAUGUUCAAGUCUUAGAUGAGAAUUUAUCCCCUAAGAGUAACCACGAACCAAAUGCAAAUAAGGAAGUUAUAGAGGAAAUAAGGCACGAGCCUCCACAACCAAUAGAACCUGUCGUCGACGAGAUACCAGAAGCACCAAAAGAAGUUAUAAAAGAAAAUGAGCAACCGGUAGACAAAAAAAGUGAUGAGAAACCGAUUGCCAAAGAAAAAGAGCCUGACAAACCCCCUAAAAAGACAACCAACAGUAAAAAGGUUGAAGAAGUUGACAUUGAAGCCAUCAAAAAAGAGGAGAAGGAAAUAUUCGAGGACGAAAAGCAGAAAUUGAAAGUGGCAGAGGAAAAAAAUAUAGACCUUCUUAAGAAAAUGGAGAAACAAAACGAGGUACAACAGAAGGUCGUGGAAGAAUCAAAGAAAAUUCUCGAAGAACUAAAACAAAGACAAAUCAAAGAAGAAAAAAUUAAAGACGUAGAGAUGGAAAAGAGAAAAGCGGCCGAGGAGAUUCAGCUGAUUGCCAAUAAGGCGAUAGAGCGACUGAAAUUAGCAGACACCAAAAAUGAAGUCGAAAAAAAAAAUGAGACUUUGAAGCCAAAUAUGUCGAUACCGUUAGUUCUCUCACGAGUUCCCCAAAAACUACCGGAUGUACUGCCGGGGAUUAAGACUACAAUUAAGCCAGUAAUGGAUGUUAAAGGCGUUGUCGAAGAAAGCAAGAGGAAUAAAACAAAUUCGUCUGACCAAGCGAAGCCUAACGAAGUUGUAUUAGAUAGAGAAAUACGGAGUGUCGAUGAUAAAAUGCCAGUGGUUCUUGAGGACUCCGCAAAAAAGACUGAAGUGAGCUGUAAAAAAGAGACUGUCACUAAACCUUCACUUGUGAAGUUAAUUACUAAGCUGUCUGAUUCGGAGUUAGUCAAGAUUAAGUUACCUGCAUUAGAUAGUGUGAAUUUAGAUGUAGAACCUUUGAAAAGGGAUUUAAAAAGUUAUAAAAAUAAUAAGAAAUAAUAAAGUACAUAGUUUUUA